AUAUGGAAACAGAAAAUGACACACAAAUGUACAAAAUCUUUCUUCUGGGAAUUUCAGAGGAGUCCAGUUUACAACCCUUCCUCUUUGGACUAUUCCUGUUUAUGUACCUGGUCACUGUGCUUGGGAACUUGGUCAUCAUCCUGGUCACAGUCUCAGACCCCCACCUGCACACACCCAUGUACUUCUUCCUCUCCAACCUGUCCCUUGCAGAUAUCGGCUUCACCUCUGCCAGCAUCUCAAAGAUGCUGGUGAACAUUCAGAUUCACAGCAAGGUCAUCACUUAUGAAGGCUGCAUCACCCAGGUAUUCUUCUUCAUACUCUUUGGAGUGUUGGACAGCUUUCUUUUGACAGUGAUGUCUUAUGACCACUUUGUGGCCAUCUGUCACCCUCUGUAUUACAUGGUCACCAUGAACCUCAGGGUCUGUGUAUUGCUGGUGCUGGGGUCCUGGGUCACAGCUGCCUUGUAUUCCUUGUUAGAAAGCUUAAUGACGUCAAGGCUGUCAUUCUGCACUGACUUGGAAAUCCAACAUUUUUUAUGUGAGAUUAAUCAAUUGAUUCUACUUACAUGUUCUGAUACCUUUGCUAAUGAUGUAGUGAUGUAUUCUGCAGCUGUGCUUCUGGGUUGUGGUUCCUUUUCUGGUAUUCUUUUCUCUUAUGCUAAGAUAGUUUCCUCCAUUUGUGCAAUCUCAUCAGCUCAGGGGAGGUGCAAAGCAUUUUCCACCUGUACAUCUCACCUCUCUGUUGUCUCCCUAUUCUAUUUUACCAUCCUGGAUGUUUACUUUAGUUCUUCUGUUAGCCAAAACUCACCAUCUGCUGCAAGAGCUUCCGUGAUGUACAGCAUUGUCACACCCAUGCUGAAUCCCUUCAUCUACAGUCUGAGGAAUAAGGAUAUAGCGGGGGCUCUGAGAAGACUCUCCAGAGGGAAGUCAUGA